ACGACGACCCUCCAAAUCUUCAACGGCGGCGACAGCACCACCAUCCCGAUAGCCGGGUUCUCAGCGAGCAUCAUCGCCGUCGACAGCACGGCGACGACCCUCGCCAUCGACUGCGGCGACAGUUCCAGCUCCUGCGCUCUCCCAUCCCCGAUCACCAUCACCGAAGGCCCAUCCACAUUCACCAUGAGCGCGGUGUACGCAACCAGCACCGCGGGCCUAGACGGCACGGUGACGCUGAUCCAGGACUGCGAGAUCACGUCGUCGACGCAGGGGGCGUCGUGUUCGGUGUCCAUGGCUGUGGAGGUCACGUAUGAGGGGGUCUCGUCGUCGACGGCAACCAGUACGGUGACUUCGUUGGACGGGGACGAGAUUUAUUAUCAGGCGGUGACGGCGACGGCGGGCGUGGAGAAGUUGAGUGCGCCGAAGGCGACGGAGAGUGCCGGGGGGGCGGCGGCGGCGGCGAUGGGGAUGGGAGGCGUGGGUGUUGGGGGGCGGCGCUUCAUAUGGAUCCUUGAGCCCCAGGUGCACGCAUCCCUUUGGGAUUUGGAUGAUUUGUGCGCGUCGGGCCUGAGGUUGAUCAUCAUCCUCUUGUGGCAGUUCAUCCACUUCUAUAACUCCUCCAAUCGAUAACCGUGAUUUGACUUCAAAUGUGGAAGCUGGAAUCGAUCCUCCAAAGACAAUUCAUGGCUGGGCUAACCCGUACAAGUCCACUAUAUACAA